ACAAGGUAAGACAAUGUCCACCUGGAACUAUGUAGUGGGUAGGUUUGUUGACAAAACCAUCGCUUUCAGAGCCAUUUUCACGAUGCAUCAGAGAAGCACCAAAACUUUGUCCACAACCUCAAGGGUCAAGUUGGGUUCAGACAAACCCUACCAUCACCAUGGGCCAUGAUUGUUAGAUUGGUAAUGAUUAGCUGAAUAUCCGCUGUGAAAUUCCUCGGCGUCCCCCUUCUAUAUCUGUGCAUUCCUUUGAUACACUCAGUCCUCCUCGUUACUUGGCCACCGGAAUCGACCGAUCAUCAACUCCUAUUUCCCCGGCCGGCCAGGGUGGCCAGGGUUAGCGGCACCCCAGAGCAUCAAUUAAUAGGAUUUGGAAAACAACCCAACACCAACCCUGUCAGACUGUGAAAGCUCUUUCUAAAGACGACACCAAGCCAAGCUGGCAUAGAAAGAUUCGCAGUGGAGUCAUAUUUAUUUCCAGAUCCACAGAACUCCACUUCCCAGAAAAAGAACCCACCUGAAACUUUGAAUCUAGAUAUGCUCUCGCUUGGUUCGCCCCAUUUCUGCUCCCAGCUCCAGUUUCAAAAAGCUCGGCAAUUUACAAACGAUUAUGUCUCCCAACCCCAACCCACUUCAAAUCUCAGAGCCCGGAAAACGAUCACGGUGGCAGCAGCAACGCCGGCAACUGCUUCAAGCUUUGGGUUCACCAACCUGGUGGAAACCUUUACGGUAGAUGUGCAGAAAGCAGAGAGCAGGCCGUUGAAUGUGCCUUUGACUGCCCCUUUUACAAUAGCAACUUCUAGGCUUGAUCAGGUAGAAAACGUUGCCAUUCGUAUUGAGUUGAGUAAUGGGUGUGUGGGAUGGGGGGAGGCCCCAAUACUUCCUUUUGUUACUGCAGAGGAUCAGCCUACAGCCUUGGCCAAGGCUGGGGAUGCUUGUGAUUUCCUCAGGACCAGUUCCCCUAUGACUUUGUCAUCCAUUCUCCACAACAUUGGUGCCCUUGUUCCUGGCCAUCAAUUUGCUUCUGUUCGGGCAGGGAUUGAGAUGGCCCUAAUUGAUGCAGUUGCUACUAGCAUUGAUAUACCACUCUGGAGAUUAUUUGGUGGCAUUUCUGAUACUAUCACUACUGAUAUAACAAUUCCGAUAACUGCACCUGCUGAAGCUGCUGAAUUGGCAACAAAAUAUCGAGGGCAAGGCUUUAAAACCCUGAAGCUAAAGGUUGGAAUGGAUCUGACUUCUGACUUAGAAGUUCUUCGAGCAAUCCGUGCAGUGCAUCCUGAUUGCUUUUUCAUCUUGGAUGCUAAUGAGGGUUACAGCUCAGAUGAGGCAGUUGAAGUACUGGAAAAAUUACAUGAAAUGGGGGUGGUACCAAUUCUUUUUGAACAACCUGUUCACAGAGAUGACUGGGAAGGCCUUGGUCAUGUUACCCGCAUUGCUAAGCAACGGUAUGGGGUAUCUGUUGCAGCUGAUGAGAGCUGUCGGAGUUUAACUGACGUGAAAAGAAUUGCCAAUGAAAGUCUUGCUGAUGUUGUUAACAUAAAACUUGCAAAAGUUGGUGUCAUGGCUGCACUUGAAAUAAUUGACGAGGCGAGGGCAUCAGGGUUGGACCUAAUGAUAGGCGGUAUGGUCGAGACCAGAUUGGCUAUGGGCUUUGCCGGUCACCUUGCUGCUGGUCUUGGGUGUUUCAAGUUCAUUGACCUUGACACUCCCCUUUUGCUGGCUGAAGAUCCUGUUCUUGAAGGUUAUGAAGCUUUUGGAGCGGUCUACAAGUUCUCGAAUGCUAGAGGUCAUGGUGGCUUCCUUCAUUGGGGCAACCUGGAGGGCUGACUUGACACAGACCAUCUCAUGCCUAAACCUCACUAUGCACAACAAAAUGUGUUCUGUUUUCUAUUAUUUUCCUUUUCUUGGUUCGAACUUUAUAGUUACUUGGCGAAUGAUGUUAGACUAUACGGAAUGUGCAAUCAUUUUCGGUUCCUUGCUCUCUUUGAUUCCCACCAUAUGAAACAUCUAUAUCGCUCAAAAGAACCCACUUCUUUUAUGAAGUACCUGUUGUUUCAGGGCCGAAAUGGCUUCUUAUUCCCUUGAGUUUAGCAUAAGGUCGCAUAAGAGUGCACAGCUUCAAGGUUUGGGUGGCUAUGGAACUUACACUUGGUUGGAAGACAUGUCAAAGGAGGAUUAUGUGUGGGAGAUGAUCAGGCAGGUUGCAGUUCAAAGUAUGUUUUUAAGAGAAUUACUGCAGUUGCUGUUUAUCUGUUGGAUUCCAGUGUCAGAAAGCCUGAAGCAGAGCACUAAGCAAUGCUGGUAGCAGCUACAGCUGGGGCAGAGGUGCCGUGAAGCUCAUCGAUAUGGCGGCUAAAUGUACUAUCCCUGAGUCGUCAUUUCUAUGCACUUGAUUGGUGAUAGUUUAUCGGAAUCGUUGUUGUGUUCAAUUCUAGUUUACUGAAUUUUCUUGCUUCUUUCAGGAAUUGUACUGGAACCACCUAAACCUAGUCCCUGAUUCGUCACUCUACACUUCUGCGAAUUAUGUUUAUGCAACCGAGUAUCAUAUGGAUGUGGAACUGCUACUUUUGAUUAGAUGCUUCUCAAAUAGGUUUUUUGACAAUGGCAGCCUGCUGCAAUGCUGCUGCAUAAACGAAAGUUACAGUGAACUGAAUGCUGAAUGCACUGCCAUGCA